AUGGCCGAAUGUUUCAACGUACAACAGCAAAUCCAACUUAGGUAUCUAUGUCCAGAUGAUUUGUUGGAAGUCAAGCAGUUGUGUGCAGAUUGGUUUCCAAUACAAUAUCCAGAAAGCUGGUACACAGACAUACUAACUAAUCCUAGAUUCUAUUCGCUGGCAGCUACAAUUAAUUUAAAGAUCAUAGGAAUGAUUGUUUCAGAAGUUAAGCCAAAGAUCAGAUGCAAUAGAGAAGAUUCUGAUAUUUUGGCAGCAUACUACCCAAGCAACACUUUAGUGGCAUAUAUAUUGAGUCUUGGGGUAGUCAAACAAUAUCGCAGACUUGGCAUAGCUUCCCUCUUGUUAGACAACCUUCUCUCAUAUUUGACCUCUGAGGAUUUGAAUGACUGUAAAGUUGUCUACCUGCACGUUUUGACGACAAACUCCAUUGCAAUACGAUUUUAUGAAAAAAGAAAUUUCACCAUCCAUGCAUCUCUUCCAUAUUAUUACUCAAUCAAAGGAAAAUUGUACGAUGGUUAUUCAUAUGUUCUAUACAUCAAUGAUGGAAAGCCACCUUCCACCUUGUUAUAUCCUUUUUUUUAUUGGAUUCCUUUUACUUAA